ACGCCUACCGAAGGUCGGGUCUUUAUAAGCGAGUAGCUUGCUCCCCAUGUUAUCGUCUCAUAAACCAAGUCCCAGGCAAGAGGAGAACUACUCCGGCUACUUCUCAAAGUUCGUCGUUGUUUCUCAGGUUAGAGAGAAAAUGCAGAAGAAGCUGUUCGUCAUUCUUGUUCUCGCGGUCCUCUCGCUUCAGGCUUUUGCAGAGGUUUCGUCAGUGAUGAAUCCCCCCAACUCACUCGGGACGAUAGAUGGGGAGAGUCAAGCAAUUGCCAUUGACAGGAGAUCUCACCCUCGAAAGAUCAACUGCGGGCACGAGUGCUCGAGGAGGUGCAAGAAGUCGUCGAGGAAGAACCUGUGCCACAGAGCGUGCAAGACGUGCUGCCGUAGGUGCAACUGCGUGCUGCCGGGGACAUACGGCAACCUCAGUGCCUGCCCUUGCUAUGCCUCCCUCCGUACACACGGCAACAGGCCCAAGUGCCCUUAGAGGCACCCUAAAUUCAUUGAUCCUACCAUAUAUAAUUUGCUCAUGAAUUGUAUUGGGACAUUAUCAUCUCUCUUUCUCGUGUUAGUCAUCAUCAAUUGUUCACAAUAAGGUCCUACUUUUUAGAAAUAUACUAGUGUGUUGUCACAUGAUCGACUCGCCAUUGCGACUACAAGGUCCUGCCCAACUAGGUAUCAUAAGUUAUAAUUAGGUGAUUAUUUGUAAAAUUCCUUAUUCUGAUUGUAUUAUGUCUAAUUAUAUUAUCAGAAUAAAUGUCGUUACAUCAUGAA